AUGACGAUGAAGCGUCUCGGCCUGCUUGCUGCCUUCGCAGCUCUUCUAGGGAGCACGACCUUUUGCGCCGCACAGUCCACGACCUCCUCUGCCAGUGCUUGUCCCACGAUUCUCACUCCCUCGUACGAAGCCCCGGUCGUCGGCUCGGGUUGGACGGCACAGCUCAUUGCCAAAGGCUUGACCAAGCCGCGGAGCCUCAUCUUCGACCAGAAUGGUGCGCUCCUGGUCGUCCAGCAGGGAUCGGGCAUCGUGCGCAUGACAUUCACCGACAACGGUGGUACAUGCCUGAUUGUCAAUGACACCAAGACUGUGGUUGAGAACUCGGACCUGAACCAUGCUGUUCAACUGUCUGCUGAUGGACGCACGCUGUAUGCUUCCACUUCCAACGAUGUGUUUCGUUGGCCCUAUGAUGCUGCUGCUGGCACUUUGGGAGACAGUGAGACACUUGUGACCAACAUGAGCAAUGGGGGUAAGGCCAACAACACCUUGCUGGUGUCUCGUGGAAGCUCCGAAAACUUGGACUUUGGUGCUGCCCAGCUUGACUCAGGAAUCUCGCAGAUCCGGGCCUUCGAUAUUGGCAACCUACCGAAUGGAAGGCCUUACAACUACCCGUCUGAGGGCAGAUUGAUGGGCUGGGGCCUGAGGAAUAGCGUCGGUGUUGCUGAGCACCCAGGCACGGGUGGAAUUUACAGCGUUGAGAAUUCGGCGGAUCAGAUUGAUAGAAGCGGAACGGACAUCCACCAAGACAACCCCGGCGAAGAAAUGAACUACCAUGGGUUCCUCAAUGGCUCUACAGAAGACCAGGGUGGUAACUAUGGCUAUCCCGACUGCUUCGCGCUCUGGGGCACCGACAAUUUCCCAGACCAAGGGAAUAUGACAGUCGGUAGCCAAUUCACCCUCAGUCCUAACAGCACGCUCAACGACACAACAUGCGCCGAGGACCGUGUCUCGCCACGAUUGACAUUCCAAGCGCACACAGCACCCCUGGACAUGCUAUUCAACACCAACGGCACGACGGCAUACAUCACCUUCCAUGGCUCAUGGGACCGCACAGACCCGACAGGCUACAGGCUCUCAAGCGUGCAGUUCGACAGCAACACAGGCGCGCCCGUCGCGCAGGCCGACAGCAAGAGCGCCACGGCCGACGUGCUCAGCAACGCGGACCUGUCCAAGUGCCCGGACUCGUGCUUCCGCCCCGUCGGGCUCGCCUGGGACAGCCAGGGGCGGUUGUUCAUGAGCUCGGACUCGACGGGCGAGAUCUACGUACUGCAGCAAAACGAGAUGUCUGCGACGGAUGGGGCCACGCCGACCAGUACGGACACGAGCUCCGGCACGGGCACGCUGGUUACGUCGACGUCGACCACGAGCCCGAACCUUGCGCCGCGGUCGAGUAGGAGUCGGCCUGGUGGCGAGGCGAUCUUCCUGACGGGCCUGGCUGUUGCGCUAUCGGUGGUUUGUGGGGUGUUCUUUACCGUGGCUUAA